AUGAAUCCUAAAACAGGCGGAGAUGAAAAUCCAUCAGUAGAGGAACGUGCAGGAGUAGUUCGAGAAGUAGGAUCCAAUGCAGUUUGGAGUUUAUCAUCGUGUAAACCUGGAUUCGGCGUCGAACAAUUGCGUGACAAUUGCAUGGACACCUAUUGGCAAUCCGAUGGCACACUUCCUCAUCUCGUGAAUAUCCAAUUUCAACGAAAAACAACAGUCAAUCAAAUCUACAUCUAUACAGACUAUAAAUUGGAUGAAAGCUAUACACCUAGUCGGAUUUCCAUAAGAUCCGGAACACAUUUCAAUGAUUUACAGGAAGUAGAAGUAAUUGAUUUAUGCGAGCCAACAGGCUGGGUCAUGAUUCCCAUUCGAGAUAUCCGAGAGAAACCCAUUCGAACCUUUAUGAUCCAGAUUGCUGUGAUAUCUAACCAUCAGAAUGGGAGGGAUACCCAUAUGAGACAGAUUCGUAUUCACUCACCCAUCGAAGGCAGAAAUUGUCCGAUUGAAAAUUAUGGCAAUUUCAGCACUGUUCAAUUUCUCCAAUACAGUACAAUACGAUAGUAACGGAAUGUUAAAACACGUUCCAUUUGUCUCUCUCCUUCAUGCAUCUUCACAUCCUCAAGCCUGAACAGUCGUGGAUUUGCCAUGUGGUCGUGUAGAGUGGUCUUUUUGCAUGUUCUCCUUGUUCUAAGUUAUACACUGUGGGCAGAGGGAAAUGAUAAUCUGGAAAGGAAUUUCCUAGAUAAUCUAGAAGAAACAUUCUCUAAAAAAUGGAAUGCAUCCAGUGAAAAAAUCGAAAGUGAAAUAGACGAGAUAAUCCAUGAAUUUGUAAAUCUAAAAAAUCAAAGGAAGAGAUUCCGGAGAGACACCCAAUGGCGUGGUUCAGGUAAGAAAAAAAAUCAUUGUUUUUUAAAAGAUAAAAUUUAAUAAAAUAUAUAAAUGGUAAAAAGAUAAAA